UCUGUGGUUUGAGUUCAGAUUUGAGCUCAACUCUGGCUUGCUGGGUGACUGCUGAGUCAUUUGACCUCUCUGGGUCUCAGUUUCCUCACUUAUACAAUGGGAAUAAUGGUAACUAACCUAUCAUAAGGCCUCGAUCAGGUCAGUCAGCUUCCUGUGAAAGCCCCAGGGAAGCCCAACACACAGAAUCCCUGCCACAGCAGGUGGACACGGGUCCUCGGGUCCUCGGAGGAUGGGCAGAAGAGGGUCACCAAAGGCCCAUUCCUGCCCAACUCCCCUUAACCCACAGCUGCAAUCUGAGGAGCUGGGCCUCCGAGCACCACAGUGGGUCCGGGACAAGAUGGUGACCAUGUGCAUGCGCUGCCAGGAGCCCUUCAACGCUCUGACGCGCCGUCGCCACCACUGCCGGGCCUGCGGCUACGUGGUGUGUGCCAGGUGCUCCGACUACCGGGCCGAGCUGAAAUACAACGACAAUAGGCCCAACCGAGUCUGCCUCCACUGCUACACAUUCCUCACCGGAAACGGAAACGCGCUCCCCGAGGCCAAGGAGGACAAGAGGCGGGGCAUCCUGGAGGUGAGGGCCACUGUCCCCACGCUCACCAUCCGUCCUCUUUUCAGGGAAUGUGUGCCCAGCAACCACCCUGGGCUGACACUGUCCAAUGCUGAGGAACAAGCCAGCCGUGGUCACACCCCCCUCCUUUCCCUCCUCCUCUCUCUGCCCACAGACCCCAGGUCUCUCCCCACAGCCCAGGCAGUGCGGGGCCUGUCACCAAAUGGAGGUACCCUUUGGCUGCAGGCUGUCGUCCACAUUCUUCUGCGCUUCCUCUAUGUCCCCAUCCAAUAG